ACCUUAUAAAAAGUGCCCGAACACUUUGUGGUGAUCAGUAAAUCGUCGUAGUUCGAGCACGACGAAUGCGAAUCGGGAGGAGCUACGCAAAAUGUUUGUUCUAAUAUACCUGCUAAUCGCGAUCUCCUCGCUUUUGGCCUACUUGUACCACCGCAACUUCAACUACUGGAAUCGCCGCGGAGUGCCCCACGAUGCUCCGCACCCACUGUAUGGCAACAUGGUCGGGUUCCGGAAGUACCGGGUGAUGCACGACUUCUUCUACGACUACUACAACAAGUACCGGAAGAGCGGCUACCCCUUCGUGGGCUUUUACUUCCUGCACAAGCCGGCGGCCCUCAUCGUGGACACCCAGCUGGCCAAGAACAUCCUGAUCAAGGACUUCUCCAACUUCGCCGAUCGCGGCCAGUUCCACAACGGCCGAGACGAUCCGCUCACGCAGCACCUGUUCAACCUGGACGGAAAGAAGUGGAAGGACAUGCGCCAGCGCCUGACGCCCACGUUCACCUCGGGCAAGAUGAAGUUCAUGUUCCCGACGGUGAUCAAGGUGUCCGAGGAGUUCGUCAAGGUGAUCACGGAGCAGGUGCCCGCCACCCAGAACGGAGCUGUGCUCGAGAUCAAGGAGCUGAUGGCCAGGUUCACCACCGAUGUGAUUGGCACCUGUGCCUUCGGCAUUGAGUGCAACACGCUGCGCACCCCUGUCAGUGAUUUCCGCACCAUGGGACAGAAGGUGUUCACCGAGAUGCGCCACGGGAAACUGCUCACCAUGUUCAUGUUCAGCUUUCCCAAGUUGGCCCGCAGGCUGAGAAUGCGCAUGAUGCCCGAGGACGUGCACCAGUUCUUCAUGCGCCUGGUCAACGACACGAUUGCCCUCAGGGAGCGGGAGAACUUCAAGAGGAACGACUUCAUGAACCUGCUGAUCGAGCUGAAGCAAAAGGGACGCGUCACCCUGGACAACGGUGAGGUGAUCGAGGGCAUGGACAUCGGCGAACUGGCCGCCCAGGUGUUCGUCUUCUAUGUGGCCGGCUUUGAGACCUCAUCCUCGACAAUGAGUUACUGCCUCUAUGAGUUGGCCCAGAAUCAGGACAUCCAGGACAGGCUGCGCAACGAGAUCCAAACUGUGCUGGAGGAACACGAGGGGCAGCUAACCUACGAAUCCAUCAAGGCCAUGACCUACUUGAACCAGGUCAUCUCAGAAACCCUGAGGCUCUACACCCUGGUGCCCCACCUUGAACGGAAGGCCCUCAAUGACUACGUGGUGCCGGGCCAUGAAAAGCUUGUGAUUGAGAAGGGCACCCAGAUCCUAAUCCCCGCGUGUGCUUACCACCGCGACGAGGAUCUUUAUCCAAAUCCGGAGACCUUCGAUCCGGACCGCUUCUCGCCGGAGAAAGUGGCCGCCCGGGAGUCCGUGGAGUGGCUGCCCUUCGGCGACGGGCCGCGGAACUGCAUCGGGAUGCGGUUUGGACAAAUGCAGGCCCGCGUCGGUCUGGCUCAGAUCAUCAGCCGGUUCAGGGUAUCCGUCUGCGACAAGACAGAGAUCCCACUGCAGUAUAGUCCCCUGUCUAUAAUUUUGGGCACCGUUGGGGGCAUCUACUUGCGGGUGGAGCGAGUCUAAGCUCCAUCUUCGUCGUUCCCAUGUAUAUAGCUUAGGAUCGAACGCGAAAGUGAUGUACAUUUAAGACUGUUCAUUUAUUAAACUCAAUUCGUUGUUGACCAUACAUAUUGUUUGUUAACCUAAACAGCCAUAUUAACUUAUUGGCCUGUGAUAAUCACUUAUGUUCACAGUUUAGAGGAUUUAAUUGACUUCCAUUCAGGCAAACGUUGUUCCCAUCAGAUUUGCAGGUUCAUAAAUUGCAUUCGGCUUAAGUUGCAACGUGCCACGCGAAUCGCCACCUGACUAGUCAUAAUGUUGUUAGAGUCAAUGACUUUCCUCUGUAUAGCUGAGCGAAAAUAAUUACUAUUCCCAGACGCUCUAAUGUUUUGCAUACCUCAUGCCACACUCGUUAGGUUGCUCAACCGUGGCAGCGAAAACCCCAAAUUAAAAUAUGGUGCUGAAGCAUGCAACACGAGUCGGCUAAUUGAGGUAAGCCCUACCUGAUUAAACAGUAUGUUUGUCUGUAGAAGAGAAAUAAUGACUCUACCACGUCGAACAUUUCGCAAAUGUCAAUGCCUCCGCCAGACAUCCAGAUAUGAGAAAUUUUUACGGCUUAGUCGCUUUUGAGUUCGCCCACUUAUCAUAGAUAUUUUUUGUGAUAUCAUAUAAAGUAGCUGAAUUAUUAAAUUUAAAAACAAGAUAUAACCAUACUUGAGUGCAGCGAUUAUUAGAUACCUUUUGUCAAGUCUCAACUUUCUAGCUUUUAUGGAUCCCGAGAUCUCGACUUUCAUACGAACGGACGGACAAAUGGACAUAAGGACAUAAGGACAUACGGACAUACGGACAUACGGACAUACGGACAUAAGGACAUACGGACAUACGGACAUACGGACAUACGGACAUACGGAUAUACGGAGAUACGUACAUACGUACAUACGGACAUACGGACAUAACGGACAGACGAACAUCAAGGCGGGCAUGGCUAAAUCGUUUGGGCUUGUUAGUAUGAACAAGAACUAUAGUUGUCAGAACUUGACUUUUGUUUUAUUCAGGAAAAGUUAUGAUUCUCAAUGGCAAACGUAGUUGUUUAUUUCUUAUUUUAGCUGGAAACUGUUUUCAUUUCCAGAACUUUAUUCGUUUGGUGUACGAUUGAGUGAUUUAAGUUUCCGGUCAAUGAUGCUAAGCAGUCUCUCUAGUUCAUUUUGAAGAAUAAUUUAUAUUUAGCAAUGUGAGUACUAUCGAACUUAUUGAAGUUGAAGGCAAACAACGAAUCAAUUCGAGAAUUUAAUCAAUUGAAAAUUUCUUGUAUAUAUGUAUGCAUAAAUUUCAAACUUUAAAUACAUUUUUAUCUAUAUUCUACUUUUUCGGCUGGCUUGUCACGCGUAAAUUGGAACAGUCAUUUAAAGUGUAUUUUAUGCCCCUUCGGAUUAAAAUUAUCCCAUCUUCUUUUAAUUAUGCUGGUAGGGAAAUGUUUACCUAACGUCAGCGGCGCAUGCAACGCGUGGAAAUUGAGGCAAGUGCCUAAAGCUGGGAAAAUCGGGGGCGUGUAAAUUGUGCGGUGUAAUGGGCGUGAAUCUAACGGUUAUGGGAACACAAAAUGUAGUUUGAUAAAACUAAUUAUAUACUCUCUUAUUGGCACUAGCACAUCAUCGGGUAAUAGACACGUUCUAUGAACCUAUGGCCGGAUUAAAAACCACAAACAAGUGAAUAUUUUCCAAUUAAUAACUGAUGACCUAAUUAUCAUAAUUAAUUAGACAAACAACGCAGUCAGUGAUUUAUUCAAACGGCGCGAAUGCCGAAAGCAAAUAGUUUUUGUGAAUGAAAUAUGUGGUACUUGUAUCUGGCGGAUACACGCUGCCUGAGCAUCCAACGCUCGGUUUUUUGUGAGCAUUUCGAGCAAUCUUUGACUUGGUCUGGCACUUGGCCCUACCUUCGCCGUGGGAGGGAGGCGAACUAAAUUUAAUUACUAGCCCGCAAGAAACAAGUGCGGCUAAACAAAAAACAAGUGCAAAACCCCCGACAUAAAGAUAAAGCAUAACUGAAAUAAAAGUGUCAAGGUUGUUCAACCCAAGCCACAAAACAUUUCGACUGUUUAAAGCCGCAACUUUAAGGUUGUUUGGCCCGAAAACUUUCAAUUCCCAACCAGCAGCAUCUCAUCUGAAAUUCCAUUAACCCGAGCACCACCAAAGCAAGUCGCUCGCAUCGCCAUCGCCCAGAGUUAAGUCCACAUCCUUGUUUGCCCAACUGAAUUGGAACGAGUGCUGCAAUGCGAGACCAACUGCAGCGGCAUCAAAUGUUGCUGCAACAGCAGCAGCGGCAGCAGUUGCAACUGCGACGGACGGAAGCGUGCUCAUAUGUGCGUAAAAAGUUUGUCAAGCGCGCCACUGAACAAAAAGUCGACUUGGACGUGGGAUACUGGACAUUUGGCCAAAAACAAUGCCGUGGGUGCAUGUGGCAUGGCCAGGGACAGGGCUUAGGUUUCACCGCCACUAUCGCUAUCGCUAUUGCCUUAGCUGUGGGCAUGGAUACGCGCAUGUCCGCCGACAUGGAUAUGCCCAUGGACAUGGCCACGGUCUGCGCCCGAAACUCUUGCGCGGAUUAAUUGCAUGCAGCAAGCGUCACCAAAGGCUGCCAUGCCACCGUAUCGGCAUGUGAGGCACUGCCCCACUGUUGCGCACCGAAUUUUAAAUGCCCUCGCGGGCAAUCAUAUCUCUAUCUCAAUCUUUUUAGUUUGCCUACUUGCAGGCUUCAAACAUCUAAUGAAACUAAAGUUCAUUCAUUUUUGAACUCCUUUAAUAGUUCAUUCGAAGUUCCGACCUGUUACAUAAAUCACCCCCAUUUCCGGAUUCCUUUUCUGAUAGCUAAUAUUUGGCAGUCAGUUAUGUGACACAACAUAUGGUCAAUUGACCUGUCAUCGCACAGAGCGUUCCAAUUUAGCCGUCUGUACUAGCUUGCUGCUGAUGUUGCAGGUGUUGCUGUUGGCCACACUCGAGCAACUUGCAACAUCGCGUUGCACAAAGAGCCGGCCACAUGCAACUGAGUCUCUGCCGGUUCCGCUGACAUCCAGCCGCUGCUCAGUUGGCGGCUACAUCGAUUUCAGUUCGCUUUGCGAGUCGUCGCCGCGCGGUUGGUAAAACUGGAGUCGGGUCUCGAGUGCUGAAUCUGAAUCUGAAACUGAAACUGGCUGGGAAGCUGGCUAAAAGAGCGCCUAAUUGAGGCCCGAAGUGACACGCGUCCGCGUCGUUUAUCAAUGGCAGCUGUGGAGCAUGUGGGUCCGGAAUGCUGGCCAUAUUUUCGGCAGCGCGUGCUUGCUUUUAGCCUAGUUAGUGGGAGGUCGCUAUUGUGAGCUCACGUCCACAACCUGUAAUCAGAAACAGCAGCAGCGGCCAACGGACCAAGCAAACCCAUCAACAAUUCCAUUUAAUCCGGAGCGCAGUUACCCUGUGCAACCUGGGCGUGGGUGCCACAUUCGGGGAGUCCGUACUGCACGACUUGCCGCGGGACAGCACCGUAGUGACGAAGACCACCUGCGAGCUGCUGCGGGUGGAGCAGCAGGACUUUCGACUCAUCUGGGAG